AAACCAAUGUCGUCUGCUGGAGCGAGCUCACGUCGCAGCCGCGAGCGGAGCACCUCGCGGUCCCGCUCUGCCUCACCAAAGCUUGCAGCCAUUGUCGACCGGUAUGACAUUCCCGAAGACACCGCUGUUCGCAUGUGCACCGUCGUCCCUGCCCCCCGCCGCCCGGCCAUGUCCGCCGACGAGCUCUUCUCGGGCCCUGGCGGCGACGUGAACACCGACCUGCUCCUGCAGCACCUCCGGACCGAGGGACGCCUCUCGCUAGAGGCUGCGUCGCAACUGCUGGAGACGGCGCGCGAGGUGCUUUCGCGUGAGCCCAACUGCGUGCCACUGGAGGCACCCAUGCACAUUGUGGGCGAUAUCCAUGGCCAGUUCUACGACCUGCUGCACAUGUUCGACUCGCUUGGCCUGCCGCCGAAGCGCAAGUAUCUGUUCCUUGGCGACUACGUCGAUCGCGGCAUCUACUCGACAGAGGUCGCCAUCCUCCUCCUCGGCCUCAAGAUCCGCUACCCGGAGCAUGUCACCCUCAUCCGCGGCAACCACGAGUCGCGCGCCAUGGCCGCCUACCACUCGAUGAAGACCGAGACGUUGUACAAGUACUCGGAGACGACGUACAACGAGUUUAUGGAGGCUUUUGACGCGCUCCCCGUCGCUGCAACCGUCGCCGGCCCCGCCGGCACCUUUCUCUGCGUCCACGGCGGCCUCUCGCCGGCCGUCAACACCAUCGAAGCCAUCAAUGCCCUGGCUCGUUUUGGCGAGGUCCCGGCCUCGGGUCCGCUGUGCGACCUGAUGUGGUCCGACCCGGUCCCGGACGCCACCGCCACCGGCCUCUCGGGCUCGCAGCUCCGCCAGUGGAAGGAGAUCACCUUUGAGUUCAACGAGCAGCGCGGGUGCUCGUACCGCUACGGCCGUCGCGCCGUUCGCGACUUUCUCACCGCCAACGGUCUCGUCGGUAUCAUCCGCGCCCACGAGGUCCAGGAGAACGGCUACAAUGAGCAUCGCUUCCGCGAGGAGGCCGAGGACGACCCGCUCUCGCCUUUCCCGCUCGUCACCACCGUCUUCUCCGCCCCCAACUACUGCGAGAUGUACGACAACUCGGCCGCUGUCGCCCUCUACGACGGCACCACCCUCGAGUUUGUCUCGUACGAGUGCGUCGAGCAUCCCUUUGGCCUCCCCGACUACAUGGACUCGCUCAACUGGUCGCUGCCGUACGUCAUGGAAAAGGUCACCCAGUUCUUUGCCGUCUCGCUCAAGCUCAUCGAGGGCGACUCGGACUCGGACUCGGACGACGACGAGCCCAUGCAGACCGACGCCGGCCCGGCCAGCCCAGUCUCGCGCAAGGCCUCUGCAAAGGCCCUCCGGGACGCCGCCCGCGCCGCCGCCGCCCGCAAGCGCGCCAACCAAAAGGCCGCCGCAGAGGCGCCCGAGCCCGCAACCGCUCCCGACACUGCAGCCUCGGAGCCUCCGGCCUCUUCGGCUGCUGCCUCGGCUGCUGGCACUCCGGGCUCCUCUGCAGACGACGCGUCCGCGCCCGAGGGCGACGACGCUGCUGCCUUCCGCUCCCGCACCUCGCGCGUCCGCACCCGCAAGCGCCCGGCCAUGCGCCAGCGCUCCUCGUCCAACAUCUGUAACGAGACCAUUCGCACCCGCCGUGCCUCGAUGAACACGCUCCUGCGCCGUGCAGAGAAGCUCCGCGAGCGCAACAUGCGCCUCCUCGUCGCCGCCAACGACGACGACGACGACGACGACGACGACGCUGCAGAUGACACUCUCUCGCGCUUUGAACGUGCACUCCGCAAGGACUCGAAGCGCGAGUACCUCCGCCCGCUGCAGCGCCACUACACUAUGUAAAGCACGCUCUGCGCCCG